UGUGCCGAGUCCGGCCCCGCUCACCUGGCGGCGCCGGAGGGGCCGGGAGGGGACGCGAGUUCGUGGCGACGACUUUAAAAACCCUCUCCGCCGGUAGACGGGGGACUGGGUCUUGCCGCCCCACCCCCGGGGCUCGGGAGCCACGCCAGCUCUGCGGGGGGCAGGGCUGGCCCCGGGCGAAGGCAACUUGGGGGACGCGGAGUGGGGGGGGAGAGGACCCCUGAGGCGCGGCCACCCCCGCGUCCGCCCCCUCGGGGUCCGCCGGACCCCUUUGGGGAGGGGGCGCCCCGGCCCGGGCUUCAGCCUAGGGUGCGGACCAGCAGCGGCGCGCGCCCACGCCGGUGCCGGGGGGGAGGAGAGGCCGGUCCCGGGGCGCUCCUGCCGGCCCCGGGGUGGGAUCGCAGGGCGAGGGAUCCGCAUUGCAGGUGCACCGGGAGCGCCCCGGGGCCUAGCCCGGCUUCGUCGGGGAUGCUGUGGGGAGGAGGCCGCCCGAAUCCACAUCGCCUUUCCGAAUGCACGCUGCCCCCCGGGGGACCUUAGAGACCCUCCCUGACAGGUUGUGUCGCUCCCCGUCCUGGGAGCCUCUCCGUCCCUGGAUGUCAGCAUGGCAGCCACAAACCUGGAGAACCAGUUGCACAGCGCACAGAAGAACCUCCUGUUCCUUCAGCGGGAGCACGCCAGCACGCUCAAGGGGCUGCAUGCUGAGAUCAGGCGGCUGCAGCAGCACUGCACAGAUUUAACAUAUGAGCUGACACUCAAAAGUUCCGAACAGACAGGAGACGGGACUUCUAGAAGCAGCGAAUUAAAGAAAAGAUAUGAAGAACUGGAAGUCCAGCUGAAAGUGAAAGAGAAGGAAAAUGCCGAGUUGUUGAAAGAACUGGAGCAGAAAAACGCGAUGAUCACGGUGCUGGAGAACACCAUCAAGGAGCGGGAGAGGAAGUACCUGGAGGAGCUGAAGGCCAAGAGUCACAAGCUGACCCUGCUGUCCAGCGAGCUGGAGCAGCGAGCCGGCACCAUCGCCUACCUGACCUCCCAGCUGCACGCCGCCAAGAAGAAGCUCAUGAGCUCCAGCGGGACUUCAGAUGCCAGCCCGUCAGGGAGCCCCGUGCUGGCCAGCUACAAGCCAGCACCCCCCAAAGACAAGCUGCCUGAAACGCCUCGCCGCCGCAUGAAAAAGAGCCUCUCGGCCCCCUUGCACCCAGAAUUUGAAGAGGUCUACAGAUUCGGGGCAGAGAGCAGGAAACUCCUUUUGCGGGAACCAGUGGAUGCUAUGCCCGACCCCACCCCAUUUCUGCUGGCCAGGGAGUCUGCCGAGGUCCACCUCAUCAAAGAGAGGCCCCUCGUCAUCCCCCCCAUCGCCUCCGACCGAAGCAGCGAGCAGCACAGCCCGGCCCGAGAGAAGCCACAUAAGGCCCACGUCGGGGUGGCGCAUCGGAUCCACCACGCCGCCCCGCCGCAGGCGCAGCCUGAGGUGGAGACGCUGGCGGUUGACCAGGUGAACGGAGGCAAGGUGGUGAGGAAGCACCCGGGGGCCGACAGAACUGUGUGAAGCCCGCCAGGCCCACCCCGCGCUGUCCGUGCACUGUGAGCACUUCCAGGAAGUCUCAGCCACAACUUUUCUGUCUCAUUCCCAUGCAUGCCAAACUCUUUUCACCCUGCCGACCAAUUCUCCUGCUCCUCUUGCCCUCUUCUUGACACCAAAAUAUGAUCGUGCCCCUGCUGCCGAAUAUGUAUUUCCUAACUGCUGCGGCCAAACGCCUGCGUGCCGAAUCGCUUGCUCAUCUCGCUCCGUGUAACCUAAGUGCGCUGCGGACAAAGCCCAGGCCACAGCUGCCUCACUCCUGAUAUUCACAACGCCGGAUAGUCACAUGCCUCAUUCAUUCUCAAGUCAGAACAACACAGACCAACCUUGACCUUAUCCCCGGGCUCCAGGGCAGCCUGGCCGAGCAGCCCCUGCUCCCUCCUGGAGACCCCCCUUCACCUCCUGACCAACCUUUCCCCGGGCGGCACCGAUCACUGAGCUCCUGUGUGUGUCUCAAGGGACUAAAUAAGACGACGCUACUCCUCACAGCACCACAGCCUGAACGUGUGUUCAUAUUUUUUGUUAGUUUAACCAAAAUGUUUAAGAUCCCAACAAACUUUAUUUUCUAAACCUGC